AACCUGCGAGGAACACAACUCAGCGAGGCAGACAAUUAAUGAUGAGUUUUUCCUUCUUCCUCCUUCUCGCACUUGACCUUCUUCUCCAAUCCGUUGACGGUCAAACGCCGCCCCUAUCCGACGGCGUCCCCUGCGCCGCCAACCGCAGCAUCUACCCGUGCUCAGCCUACGCGCUCUACCGCGCGGCCGCUGACCAGCUCCCUGCCCUCGACCUCGCGUCCGUCGGCGACCUCUUCGGCGCCAGCCGCCUCUCCGUCGCCCGCUCCAACAACCUCUCGGCCACCGGCGCCGCCCUCCGCCCAUACCAACCCCUUCUCGUCCCGUUGACCUGCUCCUGCAAUUCCAACCGCUCCUCCGCUGCUAUCCCCUACCAGAUCGCGGCCGGCGACACCUUUUACCAGGUCUCCACCUUCAAGUUCGGCAACCUCACCUCCUACCCCGCCGUCGAGCUGGACAACCCGACGCUCAUCCCAACGAAUCUCUCUAUCGGAGUCACCGCCGUUUUCCCCAUCUUCUGCCGCUGCCUCGACAUCAACAUGACCCGGCGGCCGCUCGGCCUCGUCACGUACGUGCUCCAGCCGUCCGACACCUACGCUUCGGUGGCUGCGAGCUUUGCGACCGACGUACCGACUUUGAUCGCUCUGAAUGGUCCCCAAAACGGCACCUUUUCGGUAAUAUUUGUGCCUCUGUAUCAAAUACCACCGCCUCUGCUUCUCUCCGACUCCUCGCCUGCUCCGGCGUCUUCUCCGGACGUGGAAAAUGACAGAGACGGAGUGAUCACAGGGCUAGCAAUCGGAUUGGGCAUCACUGGAUUUCUUCUUCUGCUAUCCGUAAUAUCGCUUUGGAUUUCGACAUCGAAAGAUGGAAAAAGUAGUUCCAGUAAUAAUGAAUUGGCAUCGGCGACGACUAACGCUGGCAAAAUGGAGUUCGCCGUGAGAUCGUCGGAGGAGGAUAAGCUGAUCGGCGAGAUCUCGGAGUGGUUGGAUAAGUACAAGGUGUACUCGAUCGAGGAGUUGAAGCGAUCGACGUGCGAUUUCGGGGCGAGCUGCCGCGUUAUGGGGUCGGUGUACAAGGGAAUCAUGCACGGAGAAGCGUUUGCUAUCAAGAAGAUGAAGUGGAACGCCAGGGACGAGCUCAAGAUCCUGCAGAAGGUGAACCACAUCAACCUGGUGAAGCUCGAGGGGUUCUGCAUAGACGACAGCAGCGGCGGCGGGUGCUACCUGGUGUACGAGUACUUGGAAAAUGGCUCCCUGGACCGGUGGCUGCGCGAGCCAGGCCUGGCCCGAAAGCUGGACUGGCGAGUCCGAGUCCGGAUCGCGCUAGACCUGGCCAACGGCCUGCAGUACAUCCACGAGCACACUUGGCCGCGCGUGGUCCACAAGGACGUCAAGACCAGCAACGUGCUCCUGGACCACCGCCUCCGUGCCAAGGUCGCCAACUUCGGCCUGGCCCGCGCCGGCUUCAAUGCCGUCACCACCCACAUCGUUGGCACGCAGGGAUAUGUCGCGCCGGAGUACUUGGCGGAUGGCCUUGUCACCACCAAGAUGGACGUGUUCGCGUACGGGGUGGUGCUGUUGGAGCUGGUGUCGGGGAGGGAGGCGGCGGGGGCGGGCGGGCGGGCGCUGUGGGCGGAGGCUGAGCGAACGGUUUUCGGCAGAGGGAAGGAGGCGGUGGCGGCAUGGAUGGACUCGGCGUUGGCGGCGAGUACGUGCGCAUUGGAGAGCGUGGUGGCGGUGGUGGACUUGGCGAGGGAGUGCCUGCGGAAGAAUCCGACGAGGAGGCCGAGCAUGGUCGAGGUGGCUUACACUUUGUCCAAGGCGGAAGAGCCUUUUGCCUUUGCCGAUGACUCUGCGGAGAACCUCUCCGUCGACGAGAGCAGCAGCAAUCUCCAUAAAAUAGGAAGGUGAGAUUGAAAAUUUAAAUAAAUACUUAUUUUAGUGUUGGAAUUGUAAUAUAAGGAUAAAUAAUUAUAUUAGUGCUCGGUGAUUACCCGUUAAAACUGAGAUUGUUGAGAUCAGAGAGUUCUAUAUAGUUA